CCAUUGCCAUAAACGUCACCUGUUAAGUGUUGCUCAUACUAAUAUGACCAAUUGUGGGUUUUGCAACAAACAUGCCAUUUAUGUUCCAACCGUAAAUGCCAUGUUUUUAAGCAUUAACAUGUUUUUGUGUGUUUUCAGACAUGUGGACCCUCUGACCAUUUCAUGCCAUUUGCAUUGCAUUAAAACAUACUGCGGCAUCAUCCAUGACCUCCGAGCCUGCCUGGAUCGCAAUUUUGAUGCGCUUGCGUAAUGUGCCAAUCCGUCUAGCUUGAUUUACGCAGUAACAAGCAUGCUGCCAGCUGCUAACAGCAACGCGAGAUAUCUGGAGGAAGGCAAGUGCCUGGACGUCUUGAAAUCGCCAUCCCGUUCGGAGAAAAGCACACUAAAAACAACGUACCGUGACUUACAGAAAGCAAAGCUGUCGGCGUCACGCAAGGUGCAACUUAAGGGCUUGAUGCUGCUUGUGGCCAAAGAGAGACUGGAACAAGAGAAAAAUGAUCGGGAGGAACUGAAAUCCGCCUACAUGGCUGACAAUGUGAUUCCGCUGGAGCUCUCCCAUCUCUCCGGCCAGGAGUUGCAGGAUCUCUGCAGGGAAUUGCACAAAACCAUCGACAAGGUGGAUGAAGAGAGAUACGACAUGCAAGUCAGGGUGGAGAAAAACGACAAAGAGAUCAAAGAGCUGCAAAUGAAGAUAUACGACCUACGUGGGAAGUUCAAGCGCCCCCCGCUGCGACGCGUGCGCAUGUCUGCCGAUGCCAUGCUGCGUGCCCUGCUGGGUUCCCGACACAAGGUGUCCAUGGACCUGCGUGCCAACCUCAAGUCUGUCAAGAAGGACGACAAGGAGGAGAAGGAAGUUGGAGAUUGGCGCAAGAACGUGGAGGCUAUGUCCGGCAUGGAGGGUCGGAAAAAGAUGUUCGACAUCGCCGGACAGUAA